UCAAAAUCCGGUCCCCAAAUUCGAAACCCUCGACACCGUCGAGGUGCGGACUCGGGACUCCUCGUCUCUCUCACACUUCAUCUUCAAUCCGAGACGCCCUAGGGAAGUCGCGAAGACCGCUUGCAGCGAAGGCAUCUAAGGGUAUUCCUUCGUCUAUAUCUAACCUUCGAAAAUCGGCUUUAUAAUAGAUGGAGUUCAAAGAGUAUGCUUAAAGAUGUUGGAAGCGCAAAAUGAUAAAUUACUCGAAGACUUUUAUUUUCUUAUCUACAUAAAUGUUUGAUGUUUUAAUCAGAGAAAGUUAGAGAUAGCUGCUGCUUGUUAAGAGCCAGCUAUGCUACGCGCAGGACUAAAAGAAAACCCAUGCCAUGAUAGCAAUAACCAGAAGGUUUAUCCACAACCGAUGGACGAGGCAGCAAAUCGGAAUAAAGAGUCCAUAGAGACGCUAGUUUCAAAAAUAUUCAACAAUAUUUCAUCCCUGAAAGCUGCUUACAUUCAGCUACAGGAUGCUCACACUCCUUAUGAUCCUGAGAAGAUUCAGGCUGCUGAUAAACUCGUAAUUGGAGAGCUUAUGAGGCUCUCCGAGCUCAAGCACGCCUAUAGAGAGCAAAAACCAAAACUAACAUCAUCCUCAUCACCUCAGGAUUCUCGUUUAGUCUCUGAAAUUCAAGAACAACAAAGCUUGCUCAAGACUUACGAAGUCAUGGUUAAAAAGUUUCAAUCUCAGAUCCAGAACAGAGAUACCGAGAUCCUUCAGUUGCAGCAGCAAAUCCAGGAGGCUCAGCAGAGAAAGGUAAAGCUCGAGAAGAAGCUCAAGCAGAGGGGCUUGCUGUCCAGAGAACCAGGCGAUUCUGAGGAAGAUAACUUCUUCUCUAUUGAACUGACUCCCAGUUUGUUUGCUUCGGCCGUAGAAACCGCAUACAAAGCCAUUCACGAUUUCUCAAAGCCACUGAUUAACAUGAUGAAAGCAGCAGGGUGGGAUCUGGAUGCAGCGGCAAAUGCCAUCGAAUCAUCUGUAGUUUAUGUGAGAAGGCCGCACAAGAAGUAUGCAUUUGAAGCACACAUUUGCCAGAGAAUGUUCAGCGGAUUCGAAGAGGAAAGCUUUUGUGUUGAUACAGGCGAUCUUAAUGUAUCUAACGAAGGGUUUUUCCAUCAGUUUCUUGCCAUUCGAGCCAUGGAUCCAUUGGAUGUAUUGAGCCAAAACCCAGAUUCCAUUUUUGGAAGAUUUUGCAGAAACAAAUAUCUCUCGAUCAUCCACCCCAAAAUGGAGAGCUCUUUCUUUGGCAAUGUUGAUCAGAGGAACUAUGUGAAGAGCGGAGGGCACCCGAGGACACCGUUCUACCAGGCUUUUCUGAAACUGGCCAAGUCCAUCUGGUUGUUGCACAGACUUGCUAAUUCUUUUGAACCUAAUGUCAAGGUUUUUCAGGUGAGGAGUGGGACUGAAUACUCAGAGGUCUACAUGGGAUCUGUGGUUAAAAACCUUAUACUGAGUGACGACGAGCAUAGACCGAAGGUUGGACUCAUGGUGAUGCCGGGUUUCAUGGUUGGUGGCAGCGUCAUUCAGUCCCAAGUGUAUCUUUCGGGUGUUGACUGUGCCGAAUGAAUAAGAACAAGAAGACCUGCAUUUCUAAAUGACAUGCGCUGAAGUUGCUAAUCAUGUGUAGGAGAGAUUUAUUGAUGCUUCAAUGAAAUCUAUAUCUGAAUCUGUAAAUGAUAGAGGAGAGGUUUGAUAUAAGAACCUGGAAUCCUCAACAUUAUUCUGUGCUAGCUGCUAAAUGUUAACUUGAAAUCCUGCUUUUGCUUUUUCUGAAGGAAUAUUUACAUACAUACCACCCAAUUCUCAUGUAUUUACAUAUCUAGCACCUGAACUUAUGUAUUUACUGUUA